AUGUCGAACGCGUUUUCUGGUUACACGUACCAGCCUCUGAACGCAACAGAAAACGAGGCACGUCUCGCCUUUUGCAUCCCCUUAUCGAUGGCCAAUUCUAUCCAUUCGGACGGGAUCCACGAUGGCCUGGUUUGCCCCACGGAGGAAGAGCGUUUAACGCUGCGGAGAGUUGCUGACAAGAUUCCUUGGAGCGCGUAUCAAAUAGCGAUUGUUGAGCUUGCAGAGCGUUUUUCGUUUUAUGGGGCCGGUGUUGUCUUCACCAACUUCGUCCAGUAUCCACUCCCACCAGGCUCCUCCACUGGCGCUGGAAUGCGAAACGGGCAAUCAGGUGCACUGGGCCAAGGUCAACGAUUCGCGGCAGGCGUUGCGACUAUGUACCAAUUUUGGUGCUACCUAACGCCUUUCAUAGGCGCGUAUAUUGCUGACGUCCAUUUGGGACGCUUUGCCACUGUUUGCAUUGCUGUUGGGAUUGCAUUCGUUGGGCAUGUGAUCUUGGUCAUUGCUGCACUACCUGGGGUCAUUGGAAAGACCGAAACAUCGCUAUUCUACUUCUCGAUGGCACUUGCAAUCAUGGGGCUGGGUGAGGAUCUAUCUGUCUCCCUCGGCUUGUUCAAUAUGUUCAUGAAUCCAGGAACGGGACUAUUCAAAGCAAAUAUCUCACCACUGGUCGCUGAGCAGUAUAAACGGACGAAGCUUUUUGUGGUCGUCACAGAUAGAGGGGAGAAAGUUCUUGUCGACCCAGCAUUGACAGUCUCGCGUAUUUAUUUGUAUUUCUAUCUAAUGAUUAACCUCGGUGCACUCGUUGGACAGAUUGGAAUGACCUACUCCGAAAAGUAUGUUGGCUUUUGGCUGGCCUUCACGCUCCCGACCAUCGUCUUCCUCAUCUGCCCUGUCAUCCUCUACGCAGGCCGCAACCGCUAUUCGCGUACUCACCGCCCAACAUCUUCUGUCUUGCUCACGUUUAUUCGUUUAAUGCGUUUCGCAUGGAGAAACUCUUCAUUUCGACACGAGGAGUUCUGGGAAUCCGCGAAACCCAGUCGUUUGCCCCCACAGAGUAGGCCGCAUUGGAUGUCUUUCGACGACGAUUGGGUGGAGGAAGUCCGCCGAGGAGUCAGUGCUUGCAAAGUAUUUCUGUGGUUUCCAGUCUAUUGGCUUACUAUGAGCCAAAUGAACAGCAACCUCACGUCACAAGCUGCGACGAUGCAGACCAAUGGUCUCCCAAAUGAUGUUCUUUCGAAUAUCGAUCCGCUGGCCUUACUCAUUUUCAUUCCAUUAUCUGACCAUUUUUUCUUUCCUGGGCUUCUUCGACGAGGUAUUAGAUUUACGCCUCUGAAACGUAUAAUAUCAGGUUUCUUGAUUGCUGCUGCUGCGAUGGUGUGGGCUGCGGUCCUGCAGUCCAAUAUCUAUAACGCAUACCAAUCCUUGUGGUUCAUAUGCUGCAACUUGCACGGACUCUGCCGGUCGCCCGCUGGUAUCACCUAUCAGUGUGUGGGUCCAGUCUCCAGCAUAUACCCUCAUCGCCUUCUCCGAAAUUCUCGCCUCCGUCACAGGCAUCGAGUACGCGUACACCAAAGCUCCAGAAAAUAUGCGGUCGCUCGUUAUGUCGCUGUUCAUGGGCACGUCCGCCGUCAGCGCGCUACUCGGAGGGGCAUUCUUAGGUGCCGCUACGUUCGCCUUGCUGCAGAUCCGUUUUUGGUCUGGAACUAUACUGUCAUGGCGUUCCUUGCUGGCGCCGGAGGAAUUUCUCUGUGGUGGUGGGUCAGUGUUCGUGGACUUGACAGAGAAGAUGUGAGCGACGAGGGACGGAUGAAGGAUGUGGAUACCGAGUCAUAG